AUGCACAAUAACUUUGCAGAAAGAACAUGUCCUGCUCUCGGCAGAAUCCCACAUUUACGUUCCAUCCGAUAUGUUCGACAAAAUCGAGUGACGAACGAACUCGAAGAUGCAACGGAACCAUAUAAGUAUGAUGUUCGAGCUUACUAUACUUGUGAACCUGGAUAUCUUGCGAUUCCUGACAAUGUUAGAUUUUGCCACGGAAGAUCAAGAGAAGAAAAUAAAACGUGGACGAGGGAGAUUGUUUGCGCAAAAUCGUGUGACGAAAGGAAUCGGGGUCUAAUCGAUAAAUACAAUUUCAAAUGUGGAUUCCAUUGCUAUACCGAUGAACACUGCAAUUAUGGAGAAGUCUGUAUUUGCGACGGUGCUUGUGGGAGAAGUUGCGUAAAUGCAGUUGUUGACUGCGGCGAUGCUCCGAUAGCAAAAGAUGCAACGAUUGAAUAUACAGGAAAAGGACUCGAGAGAGUUGCUCAUUAUAUCUGCAAUGAAGGAAUGUAUACGGCAAGAGGAGAUGUUUCAAGAAAAUGUACUGGAAGCGGAAUAUGGGAUGGAGAACUCAUAAAAUGUGAACGUGUUACAUGUGAAAACCCGAUCCCGAGUAUAUAUUCUAUGGGUGGAUGGGUACAAAAUUAUUCUCCACCUCCUUAUUAUUACAACACUACACUCCAAUUUUCCUGUGGAACCUACCGACGACUACUCGGAUCAAAAAUUAGAACUUGCAUGGGAGACGGACGGUGGAGCGGAAUUGAUACUGUCUGUGAUUAUAAAUUUAGAGGACGGAAGAACCGUUGUCCACACCCCGGCAUACCUAUUGGUGGAAAGCUAUUUCGUUUCGCUGGAGACGUUGAGUUCCCAGUCGGAAGAAAAGUUGAAUUUAGUUGCAAUGAUGGGCUUGUAAUGAUCGGAGAAGCAAGUCAACAAUGCUUGUUUUUCAAACAAUGGAGUGGAAAUGGAGCCCCACAGUGUGUUGACCCAAAGUACAGCGAUGCUCCCUCAGACGUCAUCAUAAAACUUUCCGAGAGUACCACAUACAUCAGACCACCACUGAAUUUUGUACAAGGUGCGAGAGACGUGCGCAUGAAUUCCCAGGGUAAAAUUGAGGUUUAUUUUGUGAUCGAUCUAUCGAGAAGCAUAAAGGAAAAACAACUACGAAAUUUAAUUGAUUUUGCCAAAGGACUCGUAAACAGGCUCAGUCGCAAUGACACAUCAAAUACUCGUAUUCGAUAUGGAAUCGUGGUGUUUGCUACAAAGCCAUAUGAAAUGUUGAACGUGAUGGAACUUCCGCCAAAGAAAUCUGAAGAUGUAUUGGACAUUUUAGAAGAAAUAAAGAUCGAUUACCAUAAUAUUCGUGAUAUAACAAAAAUAGGAACUGAUAUAGAAUUGGCUCUGAUUAACCUGAAUAGAAAACAACUUGCGAAUUCAUAUCAAUUCGAUGACGAUAACAUUAUAAAACGUCAUAUAUUCAUCUUGACUGACGGCGCUCAUAAUGCCGGUGGAAGUCCGAGCCUAGCAAGGAGACGAAUCGAAGCGGAAUAUUCUACAAAUCAUACAAAACCACCUGAGUUUUACAGCAUAACCUCAUCUGCUCGAAAUCAGGAUUCUGAAGUUCGUCAAGAAUUGAAAGAAUUGGCUACAAAUGAGAAAAACUUUAUCUAUGUAGAAGAUUUUUAUAAAUUACACAAAUACAUUGACCAAGUAACUGAUGUGAGAGAAGAAAUAUCAUUAGAUCACACACGAUGUGGACAAGCUGGUGAGGUUGGGAGUGUGCGGAAAAUAAUUCAGCGAGGACGUGUGAUUGGUGGACAAAAUGCAGUUGACCGAGCAUGGCCAUGGCAAGCACUUAUUACCAAAUUUGAUGAAGAUUUGGAAGCAGCAUUCAGUGAUUUUCAUUUAAAAGGAGGAGGAAGCUUAAUCAACGGUCAAUGGGUCUUGUCAGCUGCUCACGUAUUUUGGGAAUUCAGCGGACUCGAAUGGGAAAAAGAUAUUAUCGUUACAUUAGGUAUAACUCGGCGUCCGCACAAUUUUAACGGGCUACAGGGCUCAGCGAAACUAUUUCAACCCGAUAAAAUAAUUCUCCACGAUGAAUAUCAGAAAUACAAAGGCAGACUCUAUCCAGCAAGUUUUCAAAACGAUGCUGCUCUGAUCAAACUGGGCGGAGAAUAUCUUGUAGUUGGAGGAAGAAUAUUGAUGCCAAUAUCUUUUCCCGGUUUUGUUGAGUUAACGCCUUAUAUUAAGCCCGUUUGUUUACCAUGCGGUUCUGAUAGUUGUGUAAGUCAGGUUCUGAUGAAAGAAGAUAGUGAAGGAGAAAUUUUAAUAAAAGGAAGCGAAACAGACGAGGAAAAAUGUGAAAUUGAAUGCGAUUUUUUGAUGGGUAAACGUUCACCUUCGGAUGUUAUAGCAGUGGCAAUUACGGGCUUCGGGCACAACCAGACCCGGAGACAUGAUGACAACGAUUAUUUAACACCAAGUCGAAACUUACAACAAGCAGUUCUACGAGUUUCAGACAGGCAAUUAUGCCAAGACGCUGUAGAGAUUAUCAACAAGCACCGGAAAGAAGACGAUAAUUGGCUUUUUGAACAUAUUUUCACAGAUGAAAUGUUUUGUGCUACGGGUCCUGAUCAAUUUGGUGGCCCAACCGUCGAUGCAUGCCAGGGAGACAGCGGAGGGCCAAUUAUCAGAGAAGUUCACGAUGAUGCCACAAAGGAGAGUUGUUACGUUCAAGUUGGAAUUGUUAGUUGGGGUUAUGGAUGUGGACAAUUUUAUGUUAAAGAUCAUGUACGACAUAACUACCCUGGUUUUUAUACUGAUGUUGCAUCCAUCAUGGAAUGGAUAAAGAAAACAACAAAAACGUAUAAUGUUUAGGAACAAUCCAAAAUAAAAAUCCAAGUCUUAUUUUUCAUCUAUAGAAAGUUCUUUAAUUCAGUACAGAAAUUUGCAAUCGGGGUCCCGCCAAUACA